UAUCAGCCAUGGAAGUGUGGGAGGAAUCGUACAGCCUGGAAGCGGUCGGGAAAUGAAGACGAGGCAUUGCUCGGUUGUGCUUGUGUCGGAGCAGCAAAGGGCGAGCGUGUUGGCGGAGGUGUUGCCUUUCCACGACCUCUUGCUCCUCCUCGUUGUCCAUGUCCAGCACGGAAGGUGCCCCUCCCUCCUCUUUCACCAGUGCCCCUGGACGGCGCAUUGAAGCGGACUUGGUUGCUUGCUCGGGCGCGUGGAGCGAAGGACGGACGCGUUGUCUUUGGCGCAGCUGGGGCUCCGAAUGGCGAUGCGCUGCGACCGCGGCUGAUGCCUCCUCUACCGCCCCUGACGGACGACAUGGUUGUCGCUGUGUUGGUGUGAUUGGCAAAGCAUGGAGCGUCGACUGCCAAUUCACUCUGCUGUCGACGCAAAUCCAGUCCGACUACUGCUGCUGCUGCUUUUGGAUGUCGCGACCGGGGCCGUUUGCGUACAAAAGCUCGCGGCCCGUCCAUGCAUGUCAUUGCCAAGCAAUGCCCUUCGCAUGCGCUUCCCUUCCGCUGAAGGCACCUUCUUUCACACCGUCACCAACUAUUAAUCCUCACACCAUGGGACCGAUCGAGAUUACAGAUGCGCUUUGAUCCAUUACUGCCUAUCUGCUCUGAGCCCAUGCCUUUCGUCCGCAGCCGUUUCUCGUUAUCCAUGCUCCAUACUAACCAUCAACUGUGUUAAGUCACAAUAUGUUCAGCCAUCCACAUCCACAAUAAAGAAAUUCGUCUCAAAAGAAAAAAAGAGAGAGAGAGAGAUGAAACACCG